AUCUGUGGUGGUUUGGCGCCCUCUACAGGGGGAUAGUGGCAGUGACAGCACUUAGGAAAUGGUUUGGGGGGAUAUACAGUAUGUGCUAAUUGCUGUUUGAGUGUUUUUUCCUCCCAGAAGGACCUGCCGCUUAUCCCCAGAUCACCAAUAUGGGAACAUGUAACAGUUUACUGGGUACACAGCAGAUGUAUCCACCUGUCAAUUUGUCGAACUGGUUGCACCAAAGCUCAGUAAACGGGCAGCUACGAGUCUCUGAAACCGAAAGUGCGCGUCGAUGGUUUCGCGCAUCAACUGAACCCGGAACAACAGUUGGGCCGCCUUCUUGCCUUCUCGCGCGUCCGGAAAACAUUUCGACAGGACAGUCUGGAGUUUAGAUGUUUUACCAUAAUUUCUGUUGUCGUGCAGACAUUUUUGCAUGUUAUUGUUCGUGCGUGCGUCAGAUCAGCCUGCUGGGAGACGUCCUGUGGUCGCGAGGGUGUAGCCGACGUGUUUUUGCCUCGGGGCCUGUAGAAACAGGAGUCGGUCAAACUCCAAGAAACUCAAUUCUGAGGGUCUGAGAAUCUUCUAGAAAACCAGCAUGAGCGUGGACGAGGACAUCGAUCCUGAGGUGGAAGCGAUCAUGCUGGACGCUGAGGGACGAGGUUCCCCGGAUGUGGACUACGAGGGCGGGUCGAUGGGCGCCAGCCUGGGCUCCAGCAGGGUGAACUCGUCCCUGAGUGGCGACGGCUCCAGUGGCCGUGGCGACCGCCCCCCGUCCAGCUACGGCUCCAUGAAGAGCGACGACGGCCCCGAAGAGGACGACGACCCUAACGAGUUCAAACCUCCACCCAGUGUUGUGGUCACCGUUAGCUCCCGACGGGCUAUUAUCCGGGCGGAUUCUCCAGACACGACUUUUACUGAAGCCACCAACACUUUCACCUGUAAAAGCAUCAUCCCGAAAGAGGGUGUCCACCUCAACAAACCCAGUGGGGACAGGGCAGGUGAGAUGAUUGACGAAGAGGAGGAGGAGGAGAAGAAGGAGGGAGCGCAGGAGCCUGAUGAUGAAGAGGAGGACAUGGAAGAGCAGCCCCCUCACCCCCCCCUGCUCCCCCGGAACCCCCUGCUGAGGGACUCGGACUGCAGUUCGGACCCACACACGAGGAGCUCAGCCUGCCCUUCAUAUUCAAGUUGACCACACACACACACACACACACACACACACACACACACACACACGAGGAGCUCAGCCUGCCCUUCAUAUUCAAGGUAACCACACACACACACACACACGAGGAGCUCAGCCUGCCCUUCAUAUUCAAGGUGACCACACACACACACACACACACACACACACACACACACAACACGAGGAGCUCAGCCUGCCCUUCAUAUUCAAGGUGACCACACACACACACACACACACACACACACACACACACGAGGAGCUCAGCCUGCCCUUCAUAUUCAAGGUGACCACACACACACACACACACGAGGAGCUCAGCCUGCCCUUCAUAUUCAAGGUGACCACACACACACACACACCGAGGAGCUCAGCCUGCCCUUCAUAUUCAAGGUGACCACACACACACACACACACACGUGGAGCUCAGCCUGUCCUUCAUAUUCAAGGUGACCACACACACACACACAAGGAGCUCAGCCUGCCCUUCAUAUUCAAGGUGACCACACACACACACGAGGAGCUCAGCCUGCCCUUCAUAUUCAAGGUGACCACACACACACACACACACACACACACACACACACACACACACACAAGGAGCUCAGCCUGCCCUUCAUAUUCAAGGUGACCACACACACACACACACAUAAAGAGCUCAGCCUGCCCUUUAUAUUCAAGGUGACCACACACACACACACACACACACACGAGGAGCUCAGCCUGCCCUUCAUAUUCAAGGUGACACACACACACACACACACACACACACACACACACACACACACACACACACACACACACACACACACACACACACACAAGGAGCUCAGCCUGCCAUUCAUAUUCAAGGUACACAAACACACACACACACAAAAACACACACUCACACACACACACACACACACACACACACACACACACCUAGACAUCAGUCUGCCCUUCAUAUUCAAGGUGACCACACUUGUGUGUGUGUGUGCAUGUGUGUGUAAGCGUGUUGUCAAAGCUGUCUUUGAUGGAGCUGAUGAGGGUUAGGGUGUGUGUGUGUGUGUGUCAAGGACAUGCACAGAGAUUUUGGGGGGCAUGGGCUCAAGUAAAAACACAUGUGUGUGUGUGUGUACAUCACAUAUGUGUGUGUGUGUGUGUGUGUCUGUGUGUGUGUGUAAUGUGUGUGUGUGUAGUCCCUACAGAACGUGCUGGCUAAACUCUCUCUGAUGGAGCUGAUGUGGUUUAAGCUGUGUGUGUAUGUGUGUGUAAUUGUGUGUGUGUGUAAUGUGUGUGUGUGUGUGUGUGUGUGUGUGUGUGUGUGUAAUGUGUGUGUGUGUGUGUGUGUAGUCCCUACAGAACGUGCUGGCUAAACUCUCUCUGAUGGAGCUGAUGUGGUUUAAGCUCUGUGUGUGUCUCUGUGUGUGUAGUCCCUACAGAACGUGCUGGCUAAACUCUCUCUGAUGGAGCUGAUGUGGUUUAAGCUCUGUGUGUGUGUGUGUGUGUGUGUGUGUGUGUGUGUGUAAUGUGUGUGUGUAGUCCCUACAGAACGUCCUGGCUAAACUCUCUCUGAUUGAGCUGAUGUGGUUUAAGCUCUGUGUGUGUGUGUGUGUGUGUGUGUGUGUGUGUGUGUGUGUGUGUGUGUGUGUGUAAUGUGUGUGUGUGUGUAGUCCCUACAGAACGUGCUGGCUAAACUCUCUCUGAUGGAGCUGAUGUGGUUUAAGCUCUGUGUGUGUGUGUAAUGUGUGUGUGUGUGUAGUCCCUACAGAACGUGCUGGCUAAACUCUCUCUGAUGGAGCUGAUGUGGUUUAAGCUCUGUGUGUGUGUGUGUGUGUGUGUGUGUGUAAUGUGUGUGUGUGUAGUCCCUACAGAACGUGCUGGCUAAACUCUCUGAUGGAGCUGAUGUGGUUUAAGCUGUGUGUGUGUGUGUGUGUGUGUGUGUGUGUGUGUAAUGUGUGUGUGUAGU